CGAUCCGACUAUAUAAACCCCCGGAGAGGGCCAUAAACAUCACAAAUCAAGUAACGUUGACUAGCCGUGCGAUCGCAAGUUCCCAUCGAAUCCUUAGCCAAACAAAAAUCACCAUGAAGUGCACAGUUGCCAUCGUCUUCGCCGCCCUCUUCGCCGUCGUCCUGGCCGCCCCCGCUCCCGAUGCGGAAGCCCAGAUCCUCCGCCUGGAGUCCGACGUCCAGCCCGAGGGCUAUAACUUUGCCUUGGAGACCAGUGAUGGCAAGAAGCACGAGGAGCAGGGUCAGCUGAAGAACGUUGGCACAGAGCAGGAGGCCAUCGUGGUGCGCGGCUCCUACUCCUUUGUGGCCGAUGAUGGCCAGACCUACACCGUCAACUACAUCGCCGACGAGAACGGAUUCCAGCCCGAGGGUGCCCAUCUGCCCAAUGUGCCCAUUGGCAACUAAACGGAUACGGAUACGCUAACCGAGAGCUGUUCUAUGUAUAAUGGUUUCUAGUUGAUUAUUAAAAAACGCGGCAAAAAAUCGAA